UUAAGGACAGCAGUGCUGACAGGCUCUUCUGAGAGGGGAACAAGCUAGAAAUCAUGGUUGACUUUAACUGCAGUGCAGUGAGGAGUCAGACAGACGCAGCCAUUAGCCUGUUUGAGCGUGUGGCCUACCCGCCUGUCUUCAUAGUUGGCCUUUCCUUCAACAUCACAGCUUUAUACCUCUUCUGCCGCAUUAAAAGAUGGACCGACACUCACAUCUACAUGCUAAAUCUACUGGUGGCUGAUCUCCUAGCAAUCAUUUUCCUGCCCUUCAGGAUCCUGGAAGCCUUUUGUCAAAUAAAGCCGACCAUAUUGUGCACGUUCCUGCUGUGCACCCAAUACUCCAACAUGUACUGCAGUAUGUUCACCAUCACAGCCAUUAGCGUUCACCGCUUUAUAUCCGUCAGGUUUCCAUUUCUGACCAAAUCGUUGGUGUCAAAAAGUAAAGCGAUCGCCAUCACAAAGUGCAUCAUCAUCUGGAUUAUCAUCGCGGUGAUCUGCGCUUGCAACUAUCGUGAUCUUAUGCCAGACAAUUUAGACGGCUGUUAUGACCUCAAUCUGGAAAAAAAGCUUCGAAAGACGUUUAUCGAGCUUUUGGAGAUUUUAGGAUAUCUUAUACCAGUGGUGAUCAUCAUAUUUUGCUCCACACAAACCGUCUACAUCCUGAUCAGAUCGCUUCAGCACGUCGAGGGAAGAGAUCGAAGAGAAAGGAAAAAAAUUGCAGCUGUUAUUGUCGCCAACAUGUUCACAUUCAUAGUCUGCUUCACACCUGUUCACAUCGGACUUUUGCUGCAAUAUUUAUCAGAUGUGACUGGCAAAAAUUUUAUACACGUGCUUCUUGAUGUCGCCGAGUGGAUCGCCACUACAAACUGCUGUCUGGAUGCUAUUGGAUAUUACUUUCUGCUGAAACGAUUUCAUAAAGGAGAAAAUAGUUCUAACUGAUUGUUAAAGAGCCCCUAUUUUGCAUUAUAAAAGGUCACAUUUUGGUUUUGGGGGUCUCCAACAACAGGCUGAAAUGCAUGCAAGGUCAAAAAACACUUUCAUUGUCUUAUAAUAUGCAUUUAUAUUAACCUAAUUAUCCCAACGUCUCCCAUAUGAUUUGUUCAGAGAUUCAUUUGCUCCCAAACCCCUCCUUUGCGUGAAGCUAAUCUGAGAUAACCCAGGCUGUUGUGAUUGGUGAGUUCAGCGUGGGACAAAGAGAAAUGCCCACAAUGGCUAUGAAGUAGCAGAAAGUAUGUGAGAGCACAAUGCAGGAAAGCAACAAAGCAAUGCAGUUAAACACAAGCAUAUAACUCAACUCUUAACCCUAACCCCAUGUAAUAACAACGACUCACAUUGAGUAUUAAUCUACACAGUGGCAAAAGCUAAACUUUUUUGAAAAUUGACCGCGACGCAUGUGUAGGAACCAAC